UGUUCUAGAGCCUUCCAUCGCAAAAUUCACGAUCCAUGUGAGAGAAAGGGUGUGAGAGGGAGAGAGAAAGAGAAAGAGACUCUUCCUUCUAACCAGGGUUAGUUUUUAACCCGACUUUAAGCGCAAAGUUAUAGUUCGUCUCGUCCUAGGACUCUGAGACACAACAGCAAACAAGGUAUAUAGUGUGAUGGUCUGCGACAACAACUCACUGAGUCAGCGUGGAACCAUUCCCUGCUGCUCUUGAAUGUUGAAACUUUUCCUUUGAUUUCAUCUUCACCACCUGCCGCCUUUCUAUAUGCUUUUGAAUUAAUUAAUCACUGCGUUUUUGUUUUUUGAGGAGUUUGAGAUUGUGUGGUCCGGUCAGAUCUCGGAACCUGAUUUUUUACUCUUGAUCGGUCACUUACAAUGGUUUGCUGAAUGUAGCAUAGAGUGUUAUAUUAGUUGCUCUGUUUCUGGUUUCUGUCCAGAGUUUUCAGCCUUUUGGAGUUGUGGGCUGAGAUCUAACUGAAAUCAUCAAUUGAUGAUAAUUUGGGGAUUGUUUUCAUUAAUUAAAUAUCAAUUGGUCCUUGGUUCAGAGCUUGGCGCCUUCUUGGGAAGGAAGGAAGACACUCUCUUCCACAGCCGCUGCUGACCAGAAAAAUAGUUGGUUUCUUGUCCAUUUCAUGUCUCAUAAGUUAGACAGCCCAGUUCAAACCCAGAUGGCAGUGGCAGUCUUUAAAACUCCGCUUAGCGGAGAAUACCAUGGGAACAAGAAAAUGGAAGGGAAACAGCCUGCAGGGAGGAGACGGGUUUUUGUUCAAACAGAGACCGGUUGUGUAUUGGGGAUGGAGUUGGAUCGCCGUGACAAUGCUCAUACUGUGAAAAGAAGGUUGCAGAUUGCUCUCAAUGUGCCCACUGAGGAGAGCUCACUGACUUUUGGGGAUAUGGUGUUGAAGAAUGAUCUUAGUGCGGUCAGAAAUGAUUCCCCACUUCUCUUGACACGGAACAUUCUGCAUCGGAGUUCUUCCACUCCGUGCCUUUCUCCUAGGGGAAAUGAUAUCCAGCAAAAGGAUAAGAGUGGUCCUAUUGAGAUACUGGGGCAGUCUGAUUGCUUUUGUAUUACCAAAAAAUUGAUUAGGGAAAUUGUGAAGGCAAUUAAGAUGGGUGUUGAUCCAAUUCCUGUUCGAAGUGGGCUUGGAGGUGCAUAUUAUUUUAGAAACAGCGGAGGUGAGAAUGUCGCCAUUGUGAAACCAACAGAUGAAGAGCCUUUUGCACCGAACAAUCCCAAGGGCUUUGUUGGUAAAGCACUUGGUCAACCAGGCUUGAAACGUUCAGUUCGGGUUGGGGAAACAGGGAUCAGAGAGGUAGCUGCUUACCUUCUUGAUUAUGAUCACUUUGCAAAUGUGCCUCCCACUGCCCUGGUGAAGAUCACACACUCAAUCUUCAAUGUCAAUGAUGGGGUAAAUGGGAGCAAGUGUCACAAAAAUGAUCUGGUUAGUAAGAUUGCAUCUUUCCAGCGGUUCAUAAAACAUAAUUUUGAUGCAAGUGAUCAUGGGACAUCAAGCUUUCCAGUUUCUGCAGUGCAUCGCAUAGGGAUAUUAGAUGUUAGAAUUUUUAACACUGAUAGACAUGCGGGAAACCUUUUAGUGAGGAAGCUUGAUGGUGUUGGAAACUUUGGUCAGGUGGAGCUCAUUCCAAUUGACCAUGGCCUAAGCUUGCCGGAAACUUUGGAGGAUCCUUACUUUGAGUGGAUCCAUUGGCCACAGGCUUCAAUUCCAUUUUCAGAUGAUGAACUUGAUUACAUUAGAAAACUUGACCCUGGUCAUGACUGUGAAAUGCUGCGAAGGGAGCUCCCCAUGAUCCGAGAGGCUUGUCUGCGGGUGUUGCUUCUCUGCACAAUUUUCCUAAAGGAAGCUGCUGAAUUUGGUCUCUGUCUCGCUGAAAUUGGUGAGAUGAUGAGUAGGGAAUUUCGUGCUGGUGCAGAGGAACCCAGUGAACUGGAGAUUAUUUGUAUUGAAGCGAGGAAGCUGGUAGAGGAGAGAGAGGUGUUUUCACCUAAGGCUGAUAUGGGAGAUGAGGAGUUCCAGUUUGAUAUAGAUUGCGAGGAAAUGGAAUUUGAUUUUACCCAGAAAAUGGCAGCUGAUGACUGUGGAAUUAGGGCUUCAUUUCAACUUGGAAUUGGGUUUGGGAAUGGCCGUUGUCCACUUUCAAAACUGGAGGAAAGCAUUGAGGAGGCGGAGGAAGGUGAUGAAGGCGAUGGAGAACAAGAAGUUGGGACUUUGCCAGCUCCUGAAAGGAUCCCAUCCAUCUCAAAACUUUCCAUGUCACUGAAGAACACCAGUCUGGGUGAGAAGAAACAGAAGUACCAGAAAUUCCUUGGUUCAAAACCUGAAAAUGGGUAUCUUUCUAAUACAUCUUUGGGACACAGAAGUGCCAAUGAGUUGCUUCCUGCUAGUGUAAGCUUUGUGCAGCUGGCAGAUUUAACUGAGGAGGAAUGGAUGCUGUUUUUAGAGAAGUUCCAGGACCUGCUCAAGCCAGCAUUUGCUAGACGUAAAUCAAUUACCAUAGGUCAGAAGCAGAGACAGAGGCUUGGUACAUCAUGCCAGUUUUGAGGUUUAGAAACCAGUCUAGUGUGGUAUGGAAGGGCAGCCAUGAUAUGACAUGAAGAAAUAAGAUGUAGGUUUGUGGGAGCAUUAGAUUGUUAGGGUAGAUUUACGUAAUGGGUUUUCUGCAUGGGAGGUGUUGUAGGUGAAAGCAGUAGUACGAGGAAUUGCUGUAAAUUAAGUGGAUAGCUGAGUAGAAUUGUUUGUAUUUUCUUUUUAAGUUUUUGUGUUGAUAUUCCUCCUCUUUAACUCCAUAUGGGACCUGUCUGAUAAAUAAUUUGUAGAAUUUUGUCUUUUAAAAUAAAAAGUUGAUGUAAAUGCUGACCCGCUUCGUAUA